GAGUGAGGCAUGUCACGUGUGGUCUAGUGGUGGUGAUCCCCGCGCGGGAUCCGCGUGUGUCCAGGAUGCCGUCGUACAAGAUGAACUCCAUCACUGGAUUAUCCGUGCUCAAGAAGCCCUUCUCCUGGAAGUUUGGAUACCCGCGCUUCCAGAAGAAGGUGAAGGUCCACUUCCUGGAGAAGGAGGCCGGCUCCAAGGGCGAGGACGAGUUCCCCUGGGACGACGUGCUGGAGGGGCUCACGGAGGCACCGACCGCCGUCACCGACUUCAGCUGGGACUUCACGCGCGCCGACCCCGACCUGGGCGUCGACCUGGGCGUCGACCUCACCCACUGCAGUGGCUCCAGCGCCGCCAACUCCAACUCCAGCCACGAGGACGACUCGGACGACGCCGCGUCGCUCAAGGCAGCGGCCGGCGCCAACCCCCACCCUGCCCUCCGGCCCGACGCCAAGGUCCUAGAGGACGUCGACUGGGACCAGGACGACGAGGACGCCGCCUACAGCUCCGUCAUCCGAAGGGGCUCGCCGACGGCAACCUCAGGUCGCUCGCCGCAGACGCUGCCGACGACACUCUGUACAGGAUUCGAGGAUGCCGACGACGGUCUCGGUGACGAGGACCCCGUGUACGCCAACUGCAUCCUGGAGGACGAGCCCCUGUACGAGAACUACUCGCACUCGCUGAGCGGGCUGGCGCGCGGCCUCGGCCACUACUCCAACUUCCUGGACGUGGAGGACCACGACUACUCGGACGACGAGGAGCACAUCUACGAGCACGUCCACCACGCGCACCACCACCCCGUCAACGUGUUCCUGGCGCUGCUGCAGGGCUCGGCGCCCAUCAGCCCCGACCCCAACAUCUACGAGGUGCCGCCCGGCGCCAUCCGGCCCGUGGCCAUCGACGGCUUCGGCUUCGACACGGUGAGGAGCAGCGGCAGGAACAUCACGCCGCCCAGUGGCUUCCAGGACUACGAGAAGCUGUCGUGGGUCCAGGGCAGCAUCCGCAGCGCGGCGGGCUUCGACGUCAACAACAACUACCUGCGCGUGGACACGCUGCGCGACACGGUGGUGUCGGCGGCCGCGCAGGACGAGGACGACCGCCACAAGCUCCCCGUCGAGGUCAUCUACUCCACCAUCGUCAAGCCGCGCCGCAAGAAGAAGCAGCGGCCCGCCAUCUCCGACAUGCUGCAGCUCGCCGCCACCAUGCAGAGCGUCACCGACGUCGCCGACGCCGUGGUGCUGGUCGGCGGCCCGGGCGAGACGGCCGACGCCGUCCCCGCGCAGGACGUCAACCACAACAUCAUUGAGGUCACCGGCACCGAGGUGGUGCCGAAGGACGUCGUGGUGGUGACCGUCCUACCCGAGGACGGCUCGCGCCAGGUCACCGUCAACCAGGACGACGUGAUGGAGCUGGUCAUAGUGACGCCGCCCACGCCGCCCGCCGUGUCCGACGACGAGGACGCCGAGGUCACCGUCGAGGCCCCGCAGUCCGAGGCGGAGAUGGAGCAGGUGAUUGAAAUCGGGUCGGACGGCCGCUGGGACACGAAGGAGGUCCCCAGCGAGGAGGCGGUGCAGCAGAAGGAGAGCGAGGACGCCGAGGCCGCGGACGGCGGCUUCCUCGCCAGCGUGCAGGAGUGCCCCAGCGAGGUGGCCAAGAUCAAGCACGCCGCCAUGGCCUACGGCUCGCAGUACUACGUGAACGCCGCUCCGAAGCAGCAGCCUCCGCAGUGCACGCUGGUGGUGGUCAACGGGGACGCCAAGGACGAGGACGACACGGGCGCGGCCGCCAACGCCAACAUCGGCUCGCAGAUCAUGAAGAUGUACGAGGACGACCGGCAGAAGGUGCGCGACAGCCUGAACCUGCCCGACGUCAGCCUGCUGGACAUGGACGAGUCCAUGGAGGACAUCGAGCGCGAGCGGCGACGCGUCAUCGUCAACCAGGCCGUCCGCGCCAAGAGGAUCAGCUCCUGGAUCAAGAGCAACGGCCAGGACGGGCAGCAGCACGCCGCGCUCGCCGCGCACCGGGCCGCCCUGGAGGACGGCAUCGCGCACCUCAACGAGGACGGCGAGGUGGUCUACGACUCGAUCCUGCUCAACAAGCAGAAGACCAAGAACUACUGGGAGCAGCUCAUGAUGGCGGCCGCUGCCCCGGGGUCGCCGACGGCGCCCCCCUCCGGCCCCGCCAGCCCCCAGCAGGCCCCGCAGGUCGCCGUCGUGGUGGGCCAGGGCCGCGACAUGCCGUCGCUGGAGCAGGCCGGCAGCGAAGUGUCCGAGCAGGAGUACUUCGACGCGCGCUCCACGGUGUCGCCGCCCGAGCCGGCCGAGGCCGCGGACGCUGACGGCGUGACGGGCGGGCCCAAGGUGGUGGAGACGGUGGCCAAGGCGUGCCGCCGCCUGGAGCACGGCCUGGAGGCGGAGCACGCCCUGGAGCACGCGCUGGAGCGGGAGAGCGUGGUGGAGCGAGACAUCCGCCUCCAGCGUGAGCGGGAGGAGCAGCUGGCCCGCGAGCGCGAGGCCGCCCUGGACCUCCUGCGCGACGACGGCUUCGUCAGCAUCCCCACGUCCACCACGGACGAGGGCAACUUUUCCGAGUACGGCAGCGAGGAGAAGGAACACAGCAUCGACGGAAGCAACAGCCGCGUGAUGAGCCCCGAGGUGGGGGCGCUGCCGCACCACCACCACCAGCGCACGCAGUCCAUGGACUCGACCAGCUCGGGCCACUCGUCGGGCUCCGGGUCGGGCUCCGGGUCGGGCUCCGGGUCGUCGGGCUUCAACGGCCGGCGCCGCGUCACGGUCAAGCCCCUCGCCGAGCCGGAGGACCAGGACACGCCGACGUACAUCAGGCCCAGCAGCGAGACUCCGAUCGAGCGGGAGAUUCGGCUGUCGCGCGAGCGGGAGGCCGAGCUGGCUCGCGAGAAGGCCCUGCGCCUCAGCGUCAACGCCCCCGCGGCCAACGGGACGCAGGAGCACCCCGUCGUCAACGGAAAUGCCGGCGCGGUCAACAACAGCAGCAGCAGCAACAACAAGGUGGAGGCGGCGGAGAGCAGGGAGUCGGUGCGGAAUGCCACGAACCGCAUCCAGCAGGAGAUCUCGCGCGCCAACGAGCGGGAGCAGGAACUGCGCCACGCCAGCAAGGAGGGCGGCCAGCGCUUCACGUCGUCCGAGUUCCCCUUCAAGCAGCUGAAGAAGGCCGUGUCGACGUCGCACCUCUCGGUGCUGAGCAGCGAGCCGACGACGCCCCCCGCGCCGCAGCCGCAGUCGCAGGCGCGGCCGCCGCUGCGCCGCCUGGGCACGGUGGCCACGUCGACGCCCACCUCGCCGGCCGCGCAGACGCCGCGCGCCGCCCUGGGCCGCUCCGUGUCGGCCGCGCCCUCGCCGGUCACCCUUUCCAGUGUGGUGUCGUCGCUCACGCCGGCCGGGCGCCGCUUCGCGCCCAACCCCAGCCAGAAGGGCCUGAUGCAGCGCUUCCUCGCGUCCAGGGGCAAGAUGAGCCCCGCCGGCUUGGUGAGCGGCUCGUCCGGGCCGGGUAGCGCCUCGCACCCGCCUGUGCUGCCCCAGACCCUGUACAGCCCCAGCGCCGCCGCGCACACCGCGCACACCGUGCCGCUGUCCCCCGCCGUCACGGCCAAGCUGACGGCGGUCGUGGACAGCGAGUCCUACGAGCGCGAGGAGCCGGCGCCCGCCCCCGUGCGACGCGGCUACACCUCCGCCGAGGACAAGAUCCAGGAGGAGCUGAAGGAGAUGCGGCGGCGGGAGGAGGAACUGAGGCUUCAGAGAGCGAGGACGUUCGCCCGCUCACAACCCAAUCUGCUGUCCCUGCUGGACGACGUGGACAGUCCAGACUCCACAACCCUGAAUGACAGCUCUCCAGUCAUUGACAAACUACCUGCUAUGGCGGCAUUGCGAUCCGCCCUAUCUAAUCCCAAUUUGCUGGAUGAGGAGGCCCACUUGAAUGGUGUUGAUUCCUUCAAUGAAAAGAAUUUGCAGAAAAACAGUGGUAUUAGGAAAAAGAAUGCUCUGAUAGCCGAAUGGGAAAACCGCAUCCAGCAACACAUCGAGCAUUGAAUGUGUGUGUUAUAUUGUUGUAAUAUAUAGAAUUUAAUAAGGUGGCAACCAUCCCAAUCUGGGUGCCUGGAGAAGCUGGACUCUGAACCAAUUUGCAGCGGAGGAGUCCCUUCUCAGCCAUAACCCUGUAACAUUAAGGCUGCUACGUGGGACUGCCAUAUAGAAAUAUCAAAGCAGUAGAAUCGUAAUUGAUCCAGUGAUGUUAGACUUUGUGAAGAGACUUGUUGAAUUUUCAUAUUUUUAGAACUACCUGGAAGUACUACCGUAAUCAGCUUUGUUUCUAUGUAAAAAAAAAAUUAAGGUAUUGUUUAUAGAAGUGUCCAUAGUAAGACAUCUAUUUUGCUACUAUUUUGCCAACCUAAUGGUGAUCAAGAUUAUUUUCUUAUGCAAAUAUAUUAGUAUUGUGUACAGUUUUUACAGACAAAAGAGAACUACUUUUACCAAUAGAAAAUAGUACAUAGCUAUUUUAGAGCAAUAAUGCCAAUCUUGAGAAAAUGUUUCUAAUUUAUUGUCUUUUGAAAUUUGCCUGGCAAAAAGUGCCAGUUGUUUCAAAUUUAUGUAGAAUUAAAGUUAUUGUUGAGUUUUGUUUUAUCCUGAAGAUGAGGUUGAUGAGGUCAAAUCAUGAGCUGACAUGCAUCUACUGUGCUCAUCGAAGGUGUUGGGAAGAGAGAACUAUAUCAUAUGAUGAUUGUAAACACAAAUAAAAAGUGAAACAAAUAUUAAAGUUACUGAAAAAUC